UCCAACCAAGGCUUCCGUAGUUUGAGUCAUAUGAAUGGUUUGUUGUUGUCGUGACACAGGAAUAACCUAUGGGAAUAACAUGCAGCUACUUAACUGUAUUAACGCUAGAUUUUGGUGAAAUUAUCCGGUCAACAAAACGAAGCGGUGUUACAUCUCAAAAUCCUCUCGAAAGGGCGAUAAAAAAGGACUAUAAUUGAUCAAGCGGAAGCGUCUCGGGUUUCUCUGUUUACGCUAAUGAGUGCUGACGUUAACCGAUAAAACACGAUGCUUCGGUGGAUUCUUGGUGGUCGAGAAGCUCAGGGUUCAGCGGAGAAAAGCUCUGUGUUGUGCAUCGGAGAGGAACAGCCCAAAAACUGGUUCACUGAGCUGCAGGUGCUGAAAGGACAUUUUGACAUUGUUCGAUUUCUGGUGCAGAUUGAUGACUUCAGAUGUGCAUCAGCGGGCGAUGAUGGCCUUGUUUUAGUGUGGAAUGUUGAGACCGGGGAGAGGCUGCAGGAGCUGAGGGGCCAUUCCCAGCAAAUAACCGCCAUAACCACCUUCACCUGUAAUAAUGGACUCACAUCGCACACCUCGCUCAUCACAGCCUCCUCAGACCGAAGUCUCAGUCUGUGGGACCCUGAUACAGGCAACAGGGUUCAGACCAUUUCAGAUCUUCAGUCUUCUGUAAAGUGUUUGCUGGUGCUGGAGCGGCUGUGUGUGUGGGUCUCCGGCGGGGAAGAACUGUGUGUGUGGAACAAAGACUUUCAGCUGCAGUGUCACAGGCAGAACCACAGCGACACUGGAAUAACUGCUUUGAUAGAGCUGCCCAAGAACUGCAUAGCAGCUGCUAUGGAUAAAGAGAUUGUGAUCUACAGGCUAACAUACUGUACUGAUUCCUCCCUGUCAGUGGCUGAGAUCCGCUGUCUGUCCGACCACCAGGACAGGAUUCGAGCUCUCAUCAACGUCAAUGACGGGCUCUUUGCCAGCGGUUCCCAUGCGGGCGAGUUGAUCUUAUGGGAUGCGAUUGAUUGGAACAUCCUGGCCUAUGAGCACAUCCUAUGGGAGGAGUCACAAGCUUGCACCCAGGCCGAAAUACGCUUGGCUGCUCCCAAACCCAGUGAGAUGUCAAUUCAGCAUCUGACCACCAAUGGAAGGCACAUCCUCGCAGCUGUGGGCAGCGGUCUGUAUGUGUACAGCAUUCUGACCAAGACCGUGGUGGCCUACAGGAAGGUGGCCCAUGACUCUAAUGUCUUACACACCAUGCUGUUAUCUGACAGCGAGCUAAUGUCCUGCUCUGAAGAUGGCAGUGUGAGGAUGUGGGAGAUCCAAGACCUGCCUUUGCCUGCUGAGCCAGCCUCUCCAGGGCUCUUUGGAAUGUGGACUUUCGGCAGGUCAAACAAACAGACCGGUCCUGCGUCAAAGAAGGUCAUGGACGUCCCAAACAUCAGGACGUUGGAGUUGACGGGUGAUCUGAUUGGACACUCGGGGGCAGUCCAGAUGUUUGUGAGCUUCAGGGAGAACGGUUUGGUCACCUGCUCGACAGACCACCUGCUGAUUCUGUGGAAGAACGGAGAACGGCAGUCCCACCUCCGCAGCCUGGCACUUUUCCAAAAACUGGAGGAGAAUGGAGGACUCUGACCUUUAACCCUGGUUUCCAAAAGGGAUGCACUGAUCCGAUACUCACUCAAAAAGCUGGAUCGGGUAUCCGUGACAAUGUUGCCAAUCUAUUCAAGUCAAUUCUUUAUUAUUAGUAUUUUAAUAAUAAAUAACAAUUCAGUAAAUGCAUAUAUAUGUAUGUAUUUAUUUGUUUCAUUUUGUUUAACAAAGUUAGGAAAGCAAUGUCAAUUGUCAAUGUCUACAAAGCAAAUGUCAAGCCAGAUAUUGCCUAACACGUAAAAGAAUGAUCCCCAGUCACUUCCACACCGUGACGCAUACAGCUUGUUAGUUAAACACUGGUAUUAGAUCGGUACUCGGUAUAGGCCGAUACCCAAAGCCCAGGUAUCUGUAUCAGGACUGAAAAAGUCGGAUUGGUGCAUCCCUAGUCUCAAAUCAUUUAAAUUUCCUGUAAAGAUUGUUGUUUGCUUUUAAUGAUAAUGUAAUGAUUGUUUGCCUUGAAAGUAUUUAGCUUAAAUAAAAAAAACUCACUAAAUACCUCA